GAUGUUUUAACACAUGACCAAAAGUUCAAAAGCCGACCGCAGAAUACAAGACACGGUCCUUGCAAAUACAAGUUCUUUUCCACGGCCAAGAUGGGUAUCGACUUGGACCAUCGCCACGACAAGAAGAAGCAGCGAAAGGAGCCUGUCUCUCAGGACCCCUAUAUUCGCUUACUUGUUAAGUUGUAUCGAUUUCUCGCACGAAGAACAAGCUCAAGAUUCAAUGAAGUUGUACUUAAGAGAAUGUUUAUGAGCCGCACAAAUCGCCCACCUGUAUCCAUUGCCAGAAUUGCUCGAAGAAUGAGCAAACCUGGAUGCACUGAUAAAAUUUGUGUUAUUGUUGGAUCAGUCACAGAUGAUGUUCGUCUUCUUGAUGUGCCAAAGCUUAAGGUUUGUGCUUUACGAUUCACGGAAGGUGCGCGCACUCGCAUUCUGAAAGCAGGCGGAGAAGUUUUAACGUUUGAUCAGCUUGCCAUCCGAGCUCCUACCGGAAAGAACACUUUACUGUUGCAAGGACGUCGUCGUGCUCGUGAAGCAUGUAGACACAUGGGACGUGCUCCUGGUGUGCCACACAGCAGUACAAAGCCCUACGUUCGAACCAAAGGACGAAAAUUCGAAAAAGCGCGUGGACGUCGUGCAAGUCGUGGAUACAAGGCUUAAAUUUAUUUGUGAAAUACAGAAAUUCAAUUCACAACCAA